AUCAUCAGGUCACCACUCCGACUCUCAAUUCUUCCCCGCUCCUCUUCCAUCCCAAGGGGCUUCUUCUACUCCGUACUCCCUUGCGACUAUGGUCCAGUCUGGACUCUUGUCGUAGGUUUUCAUCGGAGAUUAUACUACCCAUGUGAUACAAUUCCCCCCGUGCGCAAUCUAUUAUCAGGUAAGUUACAAUAGGAAGUCCCUUAUUUCUUUCGGUUUCUCUGUACUUCUCAACCACAUCUCGUGUUUGUGGUAAUUUUCAAUGGCGUCUCCGUCGCUCCCCUCUACCCCCAAAGCUGUCAAAGCUGCCAAAGCUGCGUCUGCAAUCAAAGCAGUCCCCGACAAAAACCAGACACCCGGCAAGUGGCGCCACCCUCACUUGGACGAAGUAGUCCGUCGACAGAAUGCUGGAACAUUUGGUGACCGGAAUCUAAACAAGCUGCUGUGGAAUGGCUCUGCUUUGUUUGCUACGUGGGUGUUUGGGAACACAUUUAAGUCAUAUGGUUUCUGGCUUCAAGAAAUUAGCCAAUUCUCUACUUAUCCUGACCUCUCCCUCCUCGCCUUGCGCCUCAUCUUUGUCGUCAACAUUCUCAUCGCGCUGUAUCCUCUAUUUGGACCGAAGGACGAUCUCUCCGAUAUACCUCUCACCCCAACCCAGCGCUCGCUUCUCGGGCUGGACCCCACUGCUACACCGCCACUGACCCCCGGCACUACCUACGUGACUCCGCCUAAAUAUCGUCUUUCUACAUCUCGUCCCGCGAGCCCAGCAAGUAGACCUGGAUCCCCGCUGUCGGCCAGUGCUAGCGCCUCCGGUCGCAGAGUAUCCUCGGGUCCCUCCUUCUCACCUUCACCCAGUCCGCUAUUCCAGAAAGUGGUCACCAACGGCGGGAAAGAUAGCGGACGGAGACCGAGCUUCGGGUCCUCGUCGCCGCUUGGUCGGAGCACGUCAUUCUCGCCUUACAGAGAUUCGACCAUGUCUUUCAAGGAUUCGACUGCGUCAUUCAAAGAGUCAACCUCGUCUUUCAAAGAGUCGACCAUGUCCACCAUGUCAUCUAUGUCUUUGUCAACUAUGUCGAGCCUUGGACCCGCGAGUCCGUCUCCUGUAGGCGGUAAGCGCGCGACCCUGGGCCUGAGCAACAAGUGGUUAUACGAGCGAAGCCGGCGAGUGUCAGCGAGCAAUGGCAGCUAUUAAUGCCGACUUGAAGGGUUAAGUGGGAGCAGGCAGAGGAAGCGAUGUAAACUUAUGAAUUUCCCUUUCUAUCUCUUUGUUCGCUAUUACUAGCGGGGUGCAUGCGGAUUCUUAGACUCCUUGAAUAGCAGCGUAUGGAUGCA